GUGUCACGGCAAGGAGGGCGGGCGGGAGAUCGUUGAAAGGGGGAGAAAGAAAUACGAGACGGUACUCGAAUUCCAUCUGUCGCAGUGGACUCGUAAAUACCGAGUACCUAGUAUCACGAGUUUAGUUACGGCCGACCGUUAACACGUAUGGAGUGAGAAAACGAGGAGUGCACUCGCUAUAGUUUCGCGGAGGUUCGCUGGUGCAGUCAUGAACGAUCGUCGGAACAAUCGGGAAGUGGUCACGGUGUUGUUUUUAUGUCUGAUUUGGUACGUGAUUUCGAGCAGCAACAAUGUGGUGGGUAAAAUGUUGCUGUCGGAGUUUCCCUAUCCGUUGACAGUGACCAUGGUCCAGCUAACCUCGAUCACCGCCUAUUCCGGUCCGUUCUUCAAAAUGUGGGGUGUGCGGAUGUACUCGACGGAAAUCCCCUGGGGAUAUUAUCUGCGGCUGAUCGUGCCUCUCGCGCUGGGAAAAUUCUUGGCGAACAUAUUCAGCCACGUCAGCAUCUGGAAAGUCCCUGUGUCGUAUGCCCAUACUGUGAAGGCUACAAUGCCCUUCUUCACGGUGUUCCUGUCCAGAGUAAUCUUGAAAGAGAAGCAAACAUGGAAGGUGUACUUUAGUCUGGUUCCAAUUGUGGUUGGUGUUGGAGUUGCUACUUUAACGGAGCUUAGUUUCAAUAUGAUAGGUCUUUUGAGUGCCUUAGCGUCUACCAUGGCAUUCGCUUUGCAAAAUAUUUAUUCCAAGAAGGUGCUACAUGAUACGGGAAUACACCAUUUGAGGCUCCUGUUAAUUUUGAGUCGUUUAGCGUUAUUGCUCUUCUCUCCCAUAUGGAUACUGUUCGAUCUGAGGCGUUUAAUAUACGAUCCUGUAACUCAUGGAUCGACAGAAUUAGAUUACUAUAUAUUGGGCCUGUUAUUCUUAGACGGUGUAUUGAAUUGGUUUCAAAAUAUUAUUGCAUUCUCAGUAUUAUCCAUUGUCACUCCUCUAACUUAUGCAGUGGCCAGUGCGAGCAAGCGUAUAUUUGUCAUUGCAGUAACUUUAUUUGUACUUGGUAAUCCAGUAACAUGGAUAAAUAUAUUCGGUAUGACACUGGCCAUUUUUGGAGUAUUAUGUUACAACAAAGCGAAGUAUGAUCAACGGAAGGAGAAAGAGAGUCAAACAGUUCUUCCAAAAUAUUACGAUAAAAAUCGUAAUGGUGUUAGUAGUUCCUUCACGGCGAAUGGAUGGGCUGACAAGAAACAACAAUCGUUUUCUGUCUAGUCUAAAUUGUUAGACUUGUUUCUUAUCGACAAGCUCUCACAAGUUUUCUCUAACGGAUCAUUAUGUACCAGUCAUGGCGAUGUAAUCAGUUAUUUAUUUUAACAGUGUAGGAAAGGCAAGGAGUAAUGGGAUUGUAUAGAGAACAUUGUAAUGUUGGGAUGUACAAAUUUAAACUCGUCAGAUGACAUAGUAUUUAUGUAUAUAUACAUAUUACCGCAUAUGUACAUGUGACAUGUAUAUAUGUAUAUACGAUCACGCGUAUGUAUAUAUACGUACAUGCAUAGAUAUAUUUUAUUAAUAUUAAUUAUUGUGCACAAAGGUGUAAUUGGUUAUCUGUUUCCGCUUUGUAUUUUUUUAUGUAUUACACCAAUAUUGUUCUUGCGCUUUCCACAAGAAUAGACCUGCUGGCAAGGUGGGAUAUAUCGUUAAAUUCGCAGUUGUUAGCGUACACGGUUGAUUGCUGGGUCGAUCAGCCUUAAAAGCCGGUCAGUUGCCCGAUAACAUUCCUAUUAGCCCGAUAACAAAGGUGAAACGAAUCGGUCCGGUUUCAUAGAUCGAGUUCAUUUCAAUACGCGUUACGUGUCCAUUAUCGAACAAUGGUAUUCGUGUAGUAUCGAUUACGUAUUACAUUUUACUUUCAUGAUCAGAGUGGCCGGCCACAAUAAACGCGAACACGAGUUCGAGAUAAUGCGAUGCCAAUCGUUCGCGUGUCGUGACAUCGAGUUUCGCAAGCUCAUAGGUUGUUAACAAUGGAAACACGAUACGGUUAAACUCCCCGUGACAGGGAGCUUCUCUUUUGCAAUACUCUCAGAAUACUUCUGGUCAUUAUUAUUAACCGCACGAACGGGGUAUCAGUUUUAGCGAUAAUGAUAAAAGCAAAAAAGAAAAAAAAAGGAGAAAGCAAAAUUACACUUUUCCUUCUGCAACGCCUGUUAGAUUAUAAUAUACCUCUGAGAGUUAAUAGAAUGUUUUUAUUCGAGGCUUAGAUGCGCGCGACAUCGUCGCCCCGUAUGCGUGUGUUCGGUUGCGGUGUGCGUGGGAAUUGUGUGCAGGAGAAGAUGUUCUAGCUAAAAGCAAUCUAUACAUUUAUUUUUAUAAAUAAAAUACAGGUGUGUAAAAAAAUAUACCAGAUACCAUCCACCGAA